AUGAUCCGCUUCCUGGUUUUGUUGGUUGCUCUGCUCUUGGCUGGUGGAAUAGAGGCUUUCGUAGUCUCUCCUACUUCUGUCGCUUCUAGCACGCAGAGUUUCGGUUUGAGUGGAAGCAAUCAAGACAAUGAUGGUGGCAAGGGAAAUCCUUUUGGGGGUUUCUUCAAGGAUUUCAUGUCCAGCGUAGACGAUCAAGUAGACGAUUUCUUCAACAAGAGAAUGGGAAACGGAGAAGCAUUCUAUGGAAAGAGAAAAUCCAACCCCAGCGGCAAAGUAGAAGGACAAUACAAUGGAAUGGGUCUCACGGAUAAGCUGCGAAUUGAUGUCGCCAGAGCUCGCAAAGAAGCAUUUCUGGAGGAGAAAGAACGGCGACGUGCCGAAGCCGAAAAGCGAGGGCUUUGA